AUGCAGCAGGCACUUGAGCUCUCACAAGAAGACGGCCGACGAUCGGGAAACGUUGACCUCUCCACAAUCCACCUGGAAGAGCUGCCCGCCUACACGGGGCCGCAGGGUGAUAUGGCUGGGGUUCACUCUCAUGGCCAAGGCCUAUCUCCAGACCCGUACAGUCGCCAGGACGGUGCAGGGACAGAAACCGAACCAUUGGAUCCACCGCCAGGCUACGAAGAAGUUCAGCAACAGAGUGUUGCCAAUGAACUCGAAGAAAGGCUACGCCGUGGCAGUUGA